AGUCGACGUUUGAAAAUGCAAUCGUAUACAUUAAGCACGUGGAAGAGAAGAACUUGGAACCGACACCGCAAAUCGUUCGAUACAGAUGAUUUAGAAACUUGUUAUGAAAUUGAUGAAAUUGAUGAACUUAAACUUCUUAGGAAAAAGAAAUCUGUAAGAAGAACAAAGCAAGGUCAGGGACAUGGUGGAUUUACAUCGGAUGAAAGUGACACAGAACCAAGUCCUCCAAUAAGGCAGAGAGUAAGACGUCAAGCCAAAUUCGAUUCUAAGGUAAUUGUUAGUCUUGUAAAAAUCCGCUAG